AUGAGCUUGCACAACAGAAGCAGCGGUGGCAACGCGUCCCCUCUCCCGCCACUCAACGCCCUCUCCUUCUUCCUCCAGCACCCAGCAUUUGCCUUUGCCUCUGCCCACGAUAGUCAGGAAGGAGAGCACGCGGAGCAUCAAAGAGAGCCCGCAAAGGGAUUUGAAGGGUUAGGAUCAGCAGCCAGAGCGAAUGCAGACUCAGCAAGCGCCACGAGCGAUCCACGGAGCAUUCCAUCUAUUUGGCACUGGCAGCAACACCGGGAGCAGCAGCAGCAGCAGCAGCAGCACAGGGAGCAGCAGCAGCAGCACAGAGAGCAGCAGCAGCAGCAGCAGCAGCAGCAGCAGCAGCAGGAUCAGGAGGAGGAGGAGGAGGAAGAGGAGGAGGAGGAGCAGCAGCAGCAGGAGGAUGAGGAGGAGGAAGAGGAAAAAGAGAGGAGGCAGUUAAACAAGCUACCAUGGAAGCACCAGCGCCAUGCACCAGGAAUGGAUGGGAAGCUGCUAGAUGCACACAAGGACUGGCAGGUCACCCACCACAGCAGCAGACUCGCCCGUGAGGAAAUGUUUUCCCCCGACCGAGGCACAGAUCAGCAUGAUAGCAAGGGGUUGGGCCCAGCACUCUCUCUAGAGCUGUCGUUGCGUGCGGCACCUCCAAGCAACCCAUUGCACCACUCUCCAGUCGACAGGGCUCCACCCAGCAUUGCAAGCACCAGUAUAGCAGCGUCAGAUUCUCCUGAAGGGAGCCAGCAGCAGCGGUCGCAGCAGCUGAAGCAGCAGCAGCAGCAGCAGCAGCAGCAGCAGCAGCAGCAGCAGCAGCAGCAGCAGCAGCAGCAGCAGCAGCAGCAGCAGCAGCAGAAGCAGCAGCAGCAGCAGCAGCAGCAGCAGCAGCAGCAGCAGCAGCAGCAGCAGCAGAGCCACGGGCCCAGAUACGAUCUUGUCGAAGCAGAAGAGGGAAGUGGUGUCGCUGCUGCUGUGUCAACCGCUGCAAUGGGUGGUGGUGGUGGUGGAAGCAGUGGGUUGGUUUUCAAGAGCAGUGGCCGCCUAGCUUCUGGGGAAGGGACUGGUAUGGUUGGGCGUUUUGGGGCGGGGACUGAAAUGAGUGGAGGUGGGGAUGUGACGAGAAGCGAGUGGCAGGUGGUAGGGUCUGAGAAUGCAGCGGAGGAGGAUGAAAGAUGCUCUGACGAGCUGCAAGGAGGAGGGGGAGGGGGAGGAGGAGGAGGAGGAGGAGGAGGAGGAGGAGGAGGAGGAGGAGGAGGAGGAGGAGGAGGAGGAGGAGGAGGAGGGGAAGGGAGCGAGAGAGGGGGUGGGGGUGGGGGAGGGGGAGGGGGAGGUGGUGGGGCGAACAAAGGGGGAGCACCUAGAACAGGAUGGGGGGCAGUAGCUGGCACGGGUUGGAGUCUGAGGGGAGCAGGGGAGGAAGGAGGGCGGGUGUUGCAGCGUGUGCAAGCGACGUGCUCAGGCUACUCAGGCGCUGUUGUUGCUUCCUGCCUCGAUCGUUGCACCCCUCCCUUCUUCCCUGCCUCCCUCGCUCCCUGCCUCCUUGCCUCCGUCCCUCCCUGCCUCACCUUUUCUCUCCCUCUCUGCCUCCCUCCUUCUCUCCUUCUCUACAUCCUCUCUCUUUCCCUCCCUCCCUCCCUCCCUCCCUCCCUCCCUCCCUCCCUCCCUCCCUCCCUCCCUCCCUCCCUCCCUCUUUCCCUCCCUCCCUCCCUCCCUCCCUCUUUCCCUCCCUCCCUCCCUCCCUCCCUCUUUCCCUCCCUCCCUCCCUCCCUCCCUCCCCUCCCUCCCUCACUCCCUCCCUCCCUCCCUCCCUCCCUCCCUCCCUCCCUCCCUCCCUCCCUCCCUCCCUCCCUCCCUCCCUCCCUCCCUCCCUCCCUCCCUCCCUCCCUCCCUCCCUCCCUCCCUCCCUCCCUCACCUCCCUCUCUUCCUCCCUCCCUCCCUCCCUCCCUCCCUUCCCAAUUCCCCUCCCCCCUUCUCUCCAUCUGACCCUCCCUCCCCAUUCUCGCUCAUCAUCGCGCUCCUCUCAUCUCUCCACCUCCCAUCGCCCCAUCACUCCCAACCCUGCAGCAUGCGGGCAGGGAGGAUCGCAAUCCGGGCACGACCAUCUUCAUAGACGGGCGCACGCUCACACAGUGGAGGCGGGCCAGACAGGGCACGUGAGACAAGGCACAUGA